AUGGACUAUCUCACACAAUUGCAGAGCAGAGUGAAAGAGUAUCUCUUCGAUGAAUUACCACUCGAGAACUCUCCGAGCAUCGAGAGGGACUUUCGUGCAACAACCGUGUGUCCCUUCUGUCACAAGAAACUGGAAAACGACAAAGUGAGACAUCACGCACAUGUGGCAGCUGGGCAGUACAUCUGCACCUGUUGUACCAAGUGUAAUCUCCAACUCUCCUUCAACAAGAAGAACUAUCGUCUACCCGUAUACUUCCACAAUGGGUCACACUACGAUUUCACAUUCAUCAUGAAACUCAUCGCAGCUCAUUCAACCUCUAGUGACUCCUUGGAGGUCAUUCCAACCACUGAAGACAAGGAGAUGCAGAUCGAAUACAAUGGCAUACAAUUCAAGGACUCGUUGAAGCUCAUCAGCAGUCCUCUCAGAUCCAUUGUGGCACAGACACUCGGAGGGAACCUCGAUUUGUACGUGCACACCAAACAACAACUACGCAAAUACUGUGAAUCACGAGGUAAGCAAUGGAAGGACGAGUACAUCGAUCUGUUGACACGGAAAGAACCCAUGUUCUACAGUCUCAUCAAAUCAUACGAGUCAUUGAACAAUACCACCAUUCCUUCUCGUGAACAAUGCAUUGAUGACAUGAAGGGAGAAAUGAUGCCCCAAGACGAAUAUGAACACAUGGUGAAGCUGUGGAAGACCUUCGACAUCAAGACAUGGGGUGAAUACUACGAGUUGUACAAUGUACUCGAUGUAACUCUCAUGGCUGAUGCAUUCGAGCACUUCCGCGUUACCACGACUGAAGGCAUUCGGUGUUGA